GACAAAGAAAAAUAUAAACUAUUCUGGAAUGGUCAAAAGACGGCCAAAAAUGGUGUUGGAAUUUUUGUCAGAGAACCGCUAGCCCAAGAAGUACUGGAUAUUAAAAGGAUUAGUUCACGUCUCAUGUGGAUCAAGCUUCGCGUAGAAAAGCAAACAUUGAUUAUUUUUUCUGCAUACGCACCACAGACAGACGAAUCAGAAGAGAUGAAAAAUGACUUCUGGACUGCAUUCUCUGACACCAUCUCAACAAUACCAAAAUCUGAAACAAUCCUGAUUGGAGGCGAUCUCAAUGGCCACAUUGGA